AUGUCAUGCAGUUUAACAUGUGACAAGAUUAAUGGAAAUUGCACAACUUGCAUCUCUGGGUAUGGAUUGGAUGAGUCGUUUAAUUGUAACAUUUGCUUACCUGGAACGUAUGCAAAUGCAACAAACAACAAAUGCCAACAAUGUGACAACAAAAUGUAUCAGUCAAAUGAAGGACAAACAUAUUGCAAUUCAUGUGAUAUCAAGUGUGAAACGUGUGAUAAUAUCAGUGGCAAGUGCCUGACGUGUUAUGCUGGAUAUGAAUUUACGGGCAAUGCAAACUGUGAGAUCUGUGUUGAUGGGUAUUAUUCAAGUGGUGGUACAUCAUCGUGUUUGCCAUGUCCAAUUGAGUGUGUAAACUGUUAUAGAGAGAGUGGUGUGUGCACUUCAUGUCAAUCUGGCUUUAAACAAGUUAUAAACCAAACACUGGAAACGAAGAGUGUGUCUCGUGUUCAUUAA